AUGGAGCGGUUGUGGAGCUGGGAGAAUGAACCGAUCGCUGGUGCAAGUGCUGAGUCCAUUAGUCUUGCGAUGUCACAACUUCAACACUUAACUCCAGGAAGAGCCCGUGCAGGAAGUGAUGGCGUAUGCGGCGAUAACGAAGUCGUUUACAGAACUCCAGGAAGAGCCCGUGCAGGAAGUGAUGGCGUAUGCGGCGAUAACGAAACGUACCUCAUUAUUGUCGCUGUAGCACUGAUCGUUAUUACAAUAAUAGAUCUCGUCUCCUAUAAUCAUGCGAAACCCAUCAAUGUCAUAUUAGCGAUAGUGCUGAUCAUCUUAAUCAUUGUUGGAGUCAUGAAAAAGUCUUCAGGAUGCAUGUUAGCUGUUGUGAUCAUAUUGGUGAUCCUUAUCAUUAUAUGGAUUGUGUUGCUUAUCUUUGAUCUCUAUGCCGUUCUCACUGGUCAUGAAAAAGUCACCACAUGUAAGUAUGAUGAUUAUAGGAUUAUAGCUACCCUUUUCGCAAUCACACACGUACACAACCUCCAACAAUUGUGCAGAAAUGCCCUC